UGUAAUUGUAUUUUGUCUCUCUAAGGAUUCAACAUCUACCUCCCUCAGGGGGCAGUGGAAAGCUCCAAAAUGAAGAACAGGAACUUGCUAUUGUCAACAUGGUGAUUGCUGACAAUGAAAUAAAACUGAAGGACAUUCAGUCCAGAGUUGUAGAGGACAACCGUGUCUUUGGGAACAUUGCAGCAAUCAGAAUAACAUCCAUUUCUCGGACUCUAGCUAAACACAGAGUCCAAAUGAAACAACUAUACAAAGUUUCUUUAUAUAGGAACGGUGAGCGCAUCAAAGAACUCCGUCGCCAAUACGUCCAGAUAGUCAUGGAUUUAGAGGCCAAUCAAGUCCCACAUGAAAUGAUCUACGUUGACGAGGCUGGCUUCAAUUUGGCGAAAAGGCGUUGGCACGGAAGACACAUAAUUGGCAAAAGGGCCACAGUAACCGUGCCGGGCCAGAGAGGAGCCAACAUCACCAAGUGCGCCACAAUCUCCAACAAUGGUGCACUCCUGCAUAAAUGUGAGAUUGGCCCCUACAACACCGACCACCUUCUCCUGGUUUUAGAAGACCUGCACGAAAGACUGGUGCCAGAGGUAGAAAGGGGACAGGACGAGGAAGAGUUUGAAUUAGAGGAGGAGGAGUUCAAAGAGGAGCAAGAGGAGGAGUUGGAAGGGGAGGAAGAGGACGAGUCAGAUGAGAAAGAGGAGGAGGACAAAGACCAGGAACAAGAAGAGUGGUUUCCAAGGGAGACACUGCAGGUGAAUUCUGGACUGUUUGCAGAGAGUUUCCAGAAUAGAGCUGUUUGCAUAAAGUCGCCCCUGUUUCCCGCUCAUGCUCAGCAUGUAUAG